AAAGGGCAGGCAGUGCGGGGCAUCUUCUUCCUCCCCCGCAUCGCACGUCCCUUGCUAGAUUCCUACAUCCUGCAGUUUCCUCGCCCAAAGAGGGAGAAAAGCGCCGUCUUCUGCGAGAUCGUGAAGCUGCGGAGAGAUGGCAGAGACAGUGUUCACUCCCUGUUUGGAAGGGAUGAAGCAUGUCAGGUCGGAGACCGGGGUCGUGCUCACCAAGCCCUUCCUCGAUGUCUGCAAGCAGAUCCUGCCUGUCUUGGAUAAAUUUGGAGCUGCUAUGGUAAUUGUGAAGAAUGAUAUCGGUGGUAAUAUCACGAGGUUGGACAAUAAGUAUUCUUCUGACCCAUCGAAAUAUGUGGACUUGUACACCAUGGUCCAAGAAGAAGUUCAAAAUAAAACUGCAAAAGGUUCAUCGAGCUGCACAAAUGGACUUCUAUGGCUCACGAGGGCUAUGGAUUUCCUUGUUGAAUUAUUCCGUAAUCUGCUUGACCAUCCAGACUGGACUAUGAGUCAAGCUUGUACUGAUUCAUACACAAAAACUCUGAAGAAAUGGCAUGGCUGGCUCGCCAGUUCUAGUUUUACGGUGGCUAUGAAACUUGCACCUAAUAAAGAUAAAUUUAUGGAAGUCAUAAGUGGAACUGGUGACAUCAAAGCUGACAUUGAGAAAUUUUGCACGACCUUUCAUCCUUUUCUCAAGGAGAAUCACGAGUUCCUGGCAAGUGUUGGACUCGAUGAUAUGAAGGCUUCUUAACGCAAUACACAGCAAUAAUUACCACAGAAUAAAUGUGUCUUGCUAUUUUAUAAACUUUCAUCGUCACAGAGGAUACACUGUUAUGUUACGCAUACUGAUCUUCAGAGAAUUAUAGACCGAUACUAUGUAUGUCACAAUGUUUGGGCUGUUGACCCAUGGCUACUUGCACAAUGUAUUGAAUGGAGUGUCACAACGAAAUGGUUUCUUUGGA